AUGGAACGUACAGCUUCUACCAUCGCUCUCCCGGCUCCGGCUGCAACCUCUCCUCCUUUGGGCGCUGGAAAGGCGGAGGAGAUGAUUUUGGAAUUGGCCGAUGGUUCUUCCUACAGAGGUUUAAGCUUCGGUGCUUCAAACAAGAGCAUCAGUGGUGAAUGCGUCUUUCAAACAGGUAUGGUCGGUUACGUUGAAUCAUUGACUGAUCCAUCCUACGAAGGUCAAAUUCUCGUCUUGACUUUCCCUCUUGUGGGUAAUUAUGGUGUUCCUUCUCGAGAAAUGGAAUCUCUUAAGCAAUUGUUGGAAUCUCCAUUCGAAUCAAGCCGUAUCCAUAUUGCCGGUUUGGUGAUUGCAUACUACAGUCAUGACUUUAGCCAUUAUCUUGCUGCCUCCAGUCUUGGUCAAUGGCUCAAGGAGAACGGUGUUCCAGCAAUCUAUGGAGUGGACACCCGUGCUCUCACCAAGAAAAUUCGUAGCAAAGGUAGUAUGUUGGGCAAGCUCUUGGCUCAACAAACACAAGCUACCCUUGCUGCUUCUGGCAUUCAAAGUGAAGCUGACUGGAGAUUGCAAUUUCAAAAUAUUCCCUUUGCUGAUCCAAACGCUCUCAACUUGGUCGCCAAAGUGUCAUGCAAAGAGCCCAGAUCAUACACACCUUCCAACACAUCCGCCGGUGGUGCUCUCGGAAAAGCCACAACACCAAUCUUGCAUCCCUCUGGCCGCCCUAUUCGUAUCUUGGCCUUGGAUGUGGGUAUGAAGUACAAUCAAAUCCGUUGCUUCACCAGUCGUGGUGUUGAGUUCCGUGUGGUACCAUGGGAUCAUGAUUUCUUGAACCCCAAAGUGGAGCCUGAACCUUUUGAUGGUGUCUUCGUUUCCAACGGUCCAGGUGAUCCAACAAGUUGCGGACCAACUAUUGCCAACUUGCGUAAAUUGCUUCAACUCCGAGGCCCUAAUGCAAUUCCCGUCUUCGGUAUCUGUUUGGGUCAUCAAUUGUUGGCUUUGGCAGCAGGUGCUCAAACUGAAAAGUUGAAGUUUGGUAAUCGUGGUCACAACAUUCCUUGUACAGAUCAAGUUUCCGGAAGAUGUUUCAUUACCAGUCAAAAUCACGGUUACGCUGUCAAAACAAGCUCUUUGCCUACAGGAUGGGCACCUUUGUUCAUCAACGCAAACGACAACACAAAUGAAGGUAUCUACUCCACCGAAGGACCUUUCUUCUCCGUUCAAUUCCACCCUGAAAGUACUCCAGGCCCACGUGAUACCGAAUAUUUGUUUGACGUUUUCAUUAAGUCGGUUGUGGAUAUUGCUAACCUCAAAGCUGGACCACAAAAGCCUGCUGCUUUACCUGCCAUCGAAUUCCCUGGUGGUUUGUUAGCUGAGAAUGCAGCUCAACAUCCUCGUGUGCACUGCCGUAAAGUUCUUGUCUUGGGUUCUGGUGGUUUGAGUAUCGGUCAAGCAGGUGAAUUCGAUUACAGUGGUUCACAAGCCAUUAAAGCCUUAAAGGAAGAAGGUAUCUAUACAAUUUUGAUCAAUCCAAAUAUCGCUACCAUUCAAACGUCUAGCGGUUUGGCCGAUAAAGUGUACUUCUUGCCAGUCACACCCGAAUUUGUUCUCAAAGUGAUCAAACACGAAAGACCAGAUGGAAUUUACUGCACAUUCGGUGGUCAAACAGCUCUUAAUGUCGGUAUCAAAAUCAAGGAAGAUCUCAAAUCGAUGGGUGUUAGAAUUCUUGGUACACCUAUUGAAACGAUCAUCACUACUGAAGAUCGUGACUUGUUCGCUCGUGCAAUGGAGGAAAUUGGUGAAAAAUGCGCUCCAAGUGCAAGUGCAACGACAUGGCAAGAAGCACUUGACGCCAGUCGCUCAAUCGGAUUCCCCGUCAUUGUUCGUGCAGCUUUUGCUUUGGGUGGUUUAGGAAGUGGAUUUGCAAAUGAUGAAGAAGAAUUGUACAAGUUGUGCAAUGCUGCAUUUGCAAACAGUCCUCAAGUUUUGGUAGAAAAGAGUAUGAAAGGAUGGAAAGAAGUUGAAUAUGAAGUCGUUCGGGAUUGCCGCAACAACUGUAUUACCGUCUGUAACAUGGAGAACUUUGACCCUCUUGGUAUCCACACUGGUGACUCUAUCGUCAUUGCUCCAAGUCAAACUUUGGACGAUUCAGACUACAACAUGCUUCGUACGACUGCAGUAAACGUCAUUAGACAUUUGGGUGUUGUGGGUGAAUGCAACAUUCAAUACGCUUUGAACCCUUACUCCAAAGAAUAUUGCAUUAUUGAAGUCAACGCUCGUUUGUCUCGUUCAUCUGCUUUGGCAUCCAAGGCUACCGGAUAUCCUCUUGCUUUCAUCGCUGCCAAAUUGGGAUUGAACAUUCCUCUGAAUGAGAUUCGCAACUCCGUCACCCGCGAAACAUGUGCAUGCUUCGAACCAAGUUUGGAUUACGUUGUUUGCAAGAUUCCUCGUUGGGAUCUGCGUAAAUUCGUUCGCGUCAGCUCCAAAUUGGGAAGUUCGAUGAAGAGUGUCGGUGAAGUAAUGAGUAUUGGUCGUACAUUCGAAGAAGCUAUUCAAAAAGCCAUUCGUGCCAUCGAUUUCCAAUUCGAAGGUUUCAGCAAGAAUGACUAUGCAGAAGAUUCGGAAAUUGAUGAAGAACUCGUCAACCCAACCGAUAAACGUAUGUUUGCAAUUGCUAAUGCAUUCGCCAAAGGCUACACCGUUGAGCAAGUUCACAAGAUGUCCAACAUUGAUCGUUGGUUCUUGAACAAAUUGAUGAGCAUCAACCGUGCUUCUAUCGAAUUCACCAAAUACAACGCAUCUACUUUGACACCAGCUCUUUUGCGUCAAGGUAAACAAAUGGGUUUCAGUGAUCGACAAUUGGCCCGUUGCAUUGGCAGUACAGAAUUGGCCGUUCGUCGUUUACGUCAAGAAUAUGCAAUCAUGCCUUUCGUUAAACAAAUCGAUACCGUUGCUGCUGAGUUCCCAGCAUACACAAACUAUCUUUACACCACAUACAAUGCUUCUGAGCAUGAUGUCACUUUUGGAGACAAGGGUGUAAUGGUCUUGGGUUCGGGUGUGUACCGUAUUGGUUCUUCCGUCGAAUUCGAUUGGUGUGCCGUUCGCGCAAUUCGUACUUUACGUCAACAAGGCUACAAGACUGUCAUGGUGAACUACAAUCCCGAAACAGUUUCAACGGAUUACGAUGAAGCAGAUCGUUUGUACUUCGAAAACAUUUCUCUUGAAACCGUCUUGGACAUCUAUGACUUGGAACGCUCAUCCGGCGUGAUCAUCUCUAUGGGUGGUCAAACACCAAACAACAUUGCCUUGCCAUUGUACCGUCAAAACGUCAACAUUCUCGGUACAUCACCAGAAAUGAUUGAUAUGGCUGAGAAUCGUUACAAGUUCUCAAGAAUGUUGGACAAGAUCGGUGUUGAUCAACCACUUUGGAAAGAAUUGACAAGUUUCGAAGAAGCUCAAGAAGCAUGCGCACGAUUCGGAUACCCAGUCUUGGUCCGUCCUUCGUACGUGCUCAGUGGUGCUGCUAUGAAUGUAGUCUAUUCACCAGAAGAUUUGCAAAGUUAUCUUUCUCAAGCUACAGCCGUCAAUCGGGAGCAUCCAGUCGUCAUUACAAAAUACUUGGAAGGCGCAAAAGAAAUCGAAAUGGAUGCAGUUGCAAGAGAUGGUAAAUUGAUGAUGCAUUACAUUUCAGAGCAUGUCGAAAAUGCUGGUGUUCACUCUGGUGAUGCAACUUUAAUCUUGCCACCUCAAGAUUUGGAUCCUGAAACGAUCAGAAGAAUCGAAGCUGCAACUGCCAAGAUUGCUGCCUCUUUGCACGUCACUGGUCCUUUCAACAUUCAAUUCAUUGCCAAAAACAAUGAAAUCAAGGUGAUUGAAUGCAACGUUCGUGCUGCUCGAUCGUUCCCCUUCGUCAGCAAAGUCACCGGAAUUGAUGCGAUCGAAAUGGCAACCAGAGUCAUGCUGGGAUUGGAAAUCGAACCAUAUCCAAAACUCAGCUUGCCACGCGAAUAUGUUGGUGUAAAGGUACCUCAAUUCAGUUUCAGUCGUUUGGCAGGUGCAGAUCCUAUCUUGGGUGUAGAAAUGGCUUCUACCGGUGAAGUGGCUUGUUUCGGUCGUGACAAAUAUGAAGCUUACCUCAAGGCAAUGAUCGCUUCAGGUGUCAAAUUGCCAAAGCAAAACGUUUUGCUUUCUAUCGGUAGCUUUAGCGAAAAACAAGAACUUUUGCCUUCGGUACGCACCCUUCAUCAUCUCGGAUUCACUUUGUACGGUAGUUCUGGAAGUGCUGACUUCUACAGCGAACAAGGCAUCCCAGUCAUCCAUUUGGAAGCUUUGCCAGAAGAUGAUGACGUUUGGAAGGGCGGAGAAGAGAAUGCAAAGGCAACUUAUUCGCUUUUGAGCCAUUUGACACAAGGUUUGAGUUCUUUAUUCAUUUCUUUACCAAGUAAGAACAAAUACCGCCGACCUGCUUCUUUCACAUCUAUGGGUUACCGUGCUCGUCGUUUGGCCAUUGACCGUUCCAUCCCAUUGAUCACUAACGUCAAGAAUGCCAAAUUGUUCGUCGAAGCUUUGGCUCGUCAUCGCAAAUUGGGAUCAGACUUUGGUAUUUCUUCAGUCGAUUUCAAGACCAGUCAUCGUACACACACCUUCCCAGGAUUGUACAACGUAUUAGCCUAUGCACCUACAUUGGCCGAUAAGGGAGCAAGUGCCCGCGAAGUGGCUGAGAUUACACAAGCAUCUUUGAACGGAGGAUUCACCAGUGUGCAAAUUUUGCCAUUCGGUUUGAACAGCACAAUCUCCGAUGAUGCUACCUUGGCAAGUGUAGAAGAAAAGGUCAACGGCUCAGCCCACUGCGAUGUAAGCUUGUCUUUGGCUGGUACAGCAACCAAUUCGAUCGAGGUGGCUGCUCUUGCUUCACGUACACGUUCUUUGCUGUUAAGCUUCGAGAAGGUGGGUGCUGGUGCAAGUAUGGCACUUUCCGCUCACUUUGCCUCUUGGCCUGAAUCAAAGCCAAUCAUCACAGAUGCAAAAGGAAUCGAUUUGGCCUCAGCAUUAUUGUUCGCAAGCUUACACAACCGUCGCAUUCACGUUACAAAUGUUGCAAAACGUCAAGAUAUCGAAUUGAUCGUGUUAAGCAGAGCAAAGGACCUACAAGUUACAUGUGAUGUAAACGUGUAUUCCUUAUUCUUCUCGACGGAUAUGUAUCCACAAGCAGAAUCAUUGCCAUCGAAAGAAGACCAAAAGGCUCUCUGGGACAACAUGGAAAGCAUUGACAUCUUCAGUGUUGGUACAACCCCUUACAAGAUGGCCGUCGAAUUAGGCUAUACCGGAUCAGCAAUGAGCGGUAUCGAAGAGACAUUGCCACUUCUGUUGACCGCAGUCAGCGAUGGUCGAUUGACUUUGGACGAUAUCGAAGAACGUCUAUACACCAAACCAAAGCAGAUCUUUGGCUUCCCUGAACAAGCAGAGACAAGUGUCGAUGUGGAAGUUGACAGACCAAGUGCAUUCGCAGCAAAAGCACAAUGGAGCCCAUUGCAAAGUACAAGCAUCGUCGGCAGUAUCCAUCGUGUUUUGAUCAAGGGCAAGACUGUCGUUGUUGAUGGAGAACGUUUCUCUAGCAGCGCAGUGGGACAAAACGUUUCGGGCAUUUCAGCAAGCAGUAUUGCCUCUAUGAAGAGACAAUCUGUUGUUGGAGUGACUGGUCAAUCAUCUGCUCCUUCUGCCGCCGCCGCAGCAGCAGCUGCUCAUCCACGUCCAAACAGUAUCAUGGCUGCUUUACGUGGAAGUUCCAACGAGGUCGCAAGCACACCCGAACCAAGUUCAUUAAGUUUGGCUGCUCCAGCAACAAUCACAUCUUCUGGUCCUUCUACUGCCGUUUCUCAAACGCCUUCAGCUGCACUUUUGAUGCGUCAUCCUACCUUUAGCCGCAAACACAUCCUUUCCGUUCGUCAAUUCAACCGUGAUGAUUUACAUGCCUUAUUCACUUUGGCAUCUGAAAUGCGUCAUGCUGUUGAACGAUUCGGAACGAUUGACAUCUUGCGCGGAAAAGUGUUGUGCAACAUUUUCUACGAAGAAAGCACACGAACAAGUGCUUCCUUUGAAGCUGCAAUGAAACGUUGUGGUGGUGAAGUUGUUAGCAUCAAUGCAAAGAGCAGUAGCGUUGCCAAGGGAGAAAGUUUAGCAGAUACGAUCCGCACUUUGGGAUGCUAUGGAGAUGCAAUCGUUUUACGUCAUCCUGCCGUUGGAAGCUCUCAAGAAGCCAGCAAGUUCAGUCCUGUGCCCAUCUUGAAUGCCGGUGACGGUGUUGGUGAACAUCCAAGUCAAGCUUUAUUGGACAUCUUUACCAUUCGUGAAGAAUUGGGUACCGUUAGUGGCUUAACAGUCGGUUUGAUUGGUGAUUUGAAACAUGGUCGUACAACGCAUUCUUUGGCUCGUCUUUUGGCUUUGUACGGUGUCACGUUGGUCUACAUCUCGCCCAAAUCAUUAGCAAUGCCUAGAAGUGUUGUUGAAGAAUUACGUAAACGUGGAAUCAAACAACAUGAAACGGAUAAUUUGGAUGAAGUUUUACCGUUGCUCAAUGUUGCUUAUUGCACACGUAUUCAACAAGAAAGAUUCGAGACAAAAGAAGCAUAUGAAGCCGUUCGUGGUGCUUAUCGUAUCGAUAUGAAUUUGCUGAACAAACGUGCAAGAGAUGAUUUAUGCUUGAUGCAUCCUUUGCCACGUAACGAAGAAUUGGCAGAUGACGUUGACUUUGAUAGCAGAAGAGCUGCUUAUUUCCGUCAAAUGCGGUAUGGAUUAUUCGUUCGUAUGGCUUUGCUCACAAUGGUGAUGGCAUCCGAUGGUGGAAGAUAA